AUGGCGCUGCCGGUGGUGGGUGUUGUGUCGUACGAGGAGGGCGUGUGCCCGCUGGUGCGCAGUCUGUCGCUCGCCUUCGCCGGCCACCACCGCGGUCGCGUGCACGUUGCUGUGCAGCGCUACGGAGAUGGCGAGGCCGACGAGACGCUGCGCGAGGCCCGCACGCGGCUGAGGAACCGUGUGAUCAGCGCGACGCCGGUGCUGAAGUGCGCGUACGGCUCAGCGGUGAAGGUGGCGUCCUCCGCCCGUGGAGAGGGCGUUGCGGACGUGGCGAGGCGCGUGCUGCAGGCGAGCGACGGAGCCGGCGUGGUGCUGCCGUCGACGUGCGGUGCCGGGGACGGUGGCGCUGCGGGGCUGCGCGUGCGUGGGUUUGUGAUGGAUGCCCGCACGCCGCACGCGCCUGUGACGAGCACCGCUGCGCUGCGUGCUGCACUGUCGAUGCCCGGGCAGACGCUUGCGUUGGAGGACUUCCGUGCGGUGCGUGUGGGACCGGAUGACCGUGACGUUGUGCUCGUGCUGGCCCGCGAGGACGCCGCGGCGAAGGCGGUGCACUGGAUCGACGGCGCAUCGGAGAAUGAUCUGCUGCUGACGUACCCGCUGCCGCUGGAGGCGUACGAGGACAUGACUGCGGAGCUGCAGUGGUCCCGGCCGUAA